AUGACCGACUCCGACUCGGACUCAGCGCUCUCCUCGGCGCCUCCUAGCGAGGAUGAAGCGCCUGUCGCAGCCGCGCCAAAAGCUGCGUCGAAGAAGAAGAAGAAGGCGACGACGAUUCUCACCUUCUUCAACAAGCGCUCGCCAUCACCGCCGCCGAGACAGCGCCCAGCGUCGCCGGCCCAUGAAUACGUGCCAGAGGAUAAUCCAGCCAUUGCUUUUAUUGUCAUGUUUCGCUCGCGAUUCAACGAGGCCUUCCCCCGCAAUGCGCCGCAUGUUGGGCCCCAGGAUGUCGAGCUGGGCGUUGCAGAGGGCACGCCGUCACCGGACGUCGAGGGCCUCCUAUGCGCCCUGCUCGGCCUCGUUCUGAAUCGCAAAAAGCCUGUCGAGAAGGGUCACUAUGGCCGCGCUCUUGAAGAAGCGGUCCAGACACAGAGGUCGCAGUGGCCAGUCGAGUGGCAGCGCACGAACCCGCUCAGCGGCAGCCGCUCGUUCAACUCGAUGACGCCGACGGAGCGCAUCACCCUCCUCCACGCCCUCUGCCUGUGGAGCCUGAACCAGAGCGAAGACGUCAAGGCGAUGAUUGCACAGGCAUACAAGUCGCGGACGACCAAGGACAAGCUCGACACAAACAUCGCGCUCUCGGUGCAGCCGUGGGGCCGCGACGGCGAAAAGCGCCGCUACUGGCUGAUCGAGGGGCAGAACGACACACACUUCCGCGUCUACCGCGAGGCCAGCUCGAAGACGCCCAAGUCGACCUGGUGGAGCGUUGCCGGGUCCAUCGACGAACUGAAGGCGCUGGCUGAUGUCUUGGCCGAUGAGGAUGGCCAUCGCGAGGCUAAGGCGCUGGCGGAGCGCAUGACCAACGCCGUGCCGCGCUUCGAAGCCUCGGAGAACAAGCGCAAGCGCCGCGAAUACCGCGUCAACCGCACCGCCGCCUUCACCCGACCCGAACCUGGCUUCUCGCUCUACGAAGGCCGCACCCGCGGCAAGCGCCAGCGCUACACAUUCGACGACGGAGAAGACUUUGACUCGGACGACGCGCCCGUCCGUCGAUCAGGCCGUCAGUCAGCGCGCGACUCGUCGCCCUUGCAGACUGGCCCGACUGUCACUGCGAGCGGACGCCAGGUCAGGUCCCGCGCAAUCGGCCUGUAUGGCGAGACGCUGCACAGCGGACAAACAACAGACCGCGCGUCGCCCGCUACUGGAGACUAUGUACGGUCUGACGUCUCUGAAGAGCCGCGACAGAGCCGUUCGACACGCGCCGGCAAUCGCUCUCACCUGAGCCGCGAGAUGGACUCGGAGGAGGAUGACGAUGCCACGUCGUGGGACGGCGGCGAUGAAGACGAAGACGAGCCUGAUCGGAUGGACGUUGACAACGAUGAGGAUGAUGGGGCCGAGCAGUCGUCCGAAGACGAGCAGGAGCCCGACUCACUCGUUGUGACCUUGCACUAUCGAACGAAGCCAUCCGCCACGUCCAACGAAUCGAAGCCUGAAGUCGCAUCGGCCAACGGCGCAACGCCUGGCGUCGACAUAGCUAUGGAGGAUGUUGGGGUAUCGACCCAACCAGAAGUCCCGGCAGCCCCCGUUGCUGUGCCGCCCCGCAUCCUUUCCACUGCCAUACCAAACGACUGGCCUGCCCAGCUGCCAGCUGCUGUUGUUGCACCCAAGCUCAAAAAUGAGCAACCCCCAGUAGACGCCAGCGCCCUCCCGAAGCUCGACGGGUUCUUCUCCGCACCCACGCCGCCGUACAGCGCUCCCGAAGAAAAGCGCGACCAGGAGCAGCCACACGCCUACGCAGUCCAGCCAGAGGCCCCGCAGCAACCCCCGUACGCAACGCCGGUCAACAGCGGUGCGCCGACGUGGCAGUAG